AUGUCAUCAUCUUCCUCCUCCUCGGCUUCUGGUUCCUCCUCAGCAGCAGCCUCAGCAGCACCACCAGCAGCAGCGGCUGGAGCAGAGCCAGCGGCAGCAGCAGGAGCGGAAGCAGAGAUAGAGAAGAGCAAUUCCUUCAAGUUUUGGCCGUCAAGGGCCUUGGCGAACACAUCGGUCCAGAUCUUGUCCACGGAAGCACCAGCGGCAGAGAGGACGGAUUGCAAGUUAGCGGAGGAGAUCUCCAACUCAGCGUCUGCCAAGAUGAGGGCAGCGUACGAAACCAAAGCGUCAGACAUAGUUGUCGGAAAACAUAUCCUGGACUUCCACAGACAAGUUCUCGUAGAUUGGGCCACUGUAUUGCUGGUCGGUCUCGCCAACACAGUUCUCGUACUUCAGGGCGUCUUCGACCUUGUUGAAGGCCUUGACACCGGCAAUGAAGAAAGCGUAGUCCUCGACGCUAAUGUCCACCUCGAAUUGCAGAGCCUUGCCGUCUUUUUCCAAAACGACAAAGAACUCGGCGCUAUGGGAGAGCUCCGACUUGUCCUCGAGAAUCUCCUGGUCAAACUCUUGCUCAGCAGCAAAGUUCUUGGCCUCGCUUGUGGCAAAAGUGAACUUUUGCAGGUCAAACAGAACGUGCACCUUCUCGGCGUCGAGUUCCUUGACCAAAUGACAGAAAACGUUGUCCUUUGGCUCGAUGGCCUGGAUGUUCUCGUUUUUCAUGUAUUCGACAAAACUUGGGUCCAGGUCAAAGGCCUCUUUCUUCUCGUACUCGAGCUCCUGCUGGAUAAGGGCCUUUGGCUCGGUGUUGAGCCGGGCAAAGCUCGUGGAAAACUGAGCAGCUCUAGGAACGGCAACAAUUGGACGGACAACGCCGACAACAGCCGGACGCUUGCAGAUGACAGGGGCAAGUCUUAA